AAUUUUAAUCGGGGUUGUUUAUAUAUUUAGGACACCGACAUACGCUGGAGUUGUGCAUGGAAGACCAACAUCCAGCAGCCCUCCUCCAUUUUAUACAUUUAUGUCCAUUUUACAUUAAAUUAUCAGUAUUUUACACUCAAUUGGUUUUGAAAUGUAUAUCUGGGCUUGUCUGUUUAUAAAAUAAUUGCUCAUAUGUCCAUAUGAGAUACCUUAUGCAGAAUUCUACUUAAAAAUUUCAAAACGAUAUUCUAUCUAUUGAAAUAUUACCUUUCAACUUUUUUUCUUAUAUCGGCAAAUUAAUACUUCAACAUUCUUCAGCAUCCUCUGUGAUAUUUCCCAAAUAUAUCUUUGUAUUGAAUUUAAACGACAUUAUUUCGUUUCCCUUUUGCGGUCAGAAUAUUAUUCAUCAUUUUGUUUAAACAGCUUUGAAUUCAUGUCGUCUUCGUGUCUAAAUGUCUAAACGUUUAGUAAACUUUUACUUCGAAUAACAUUCAGAGAACUCGCCAACAACAAUUGUGAAAUGAUUCAAUAUCAAAUGUUGCUAUUUACUUCCAUAGCAAUUUGUUGCAACCCAGUUAAAGCGGCAAUAGCGGCCGAUUCGGUUUUAAAACAAAAACAAUAUUAUUUGCCUUACCAAGAUGCCCGCGAAGCCGUCAUUCAAGCCGAAGAUCUCCUCAGUACCGGUGGCCGUUUACAUUUGAAUAGUCGCGAAUCAAAAGUAGAUGAAAUUUUUCUAAAAUAUAAAUACGAUGAAUUGGCCAGAGGAUUUCGUGACUCCGAUCGAAAUCCAGCCGCCAUGCAUUUCUUUAAGGCCAAGCCGCUAAUCGAAAGAAGUAAAAUUUUCCAUUUUCUACAACAAAUGCCCAAAGGAGCUCUGCUGCAUACGCACACAUCAGCAACCGUUUCAUCCAAGUGGGUGGUGCAGAAUAUCUUUCGAAUGCCAGGACUACUGAGAUGUGUUAAGAGCGAUGGCGUAAGUAUAUUGAGUUUUAGACGCAUGCCCGAAAAGCACAAUUGUGCCACACAAUAUGUAUCGGUGAGCGAAGAGAGAAGUCGUUCAGCUUCAGCUGCAGAAUAUGAUAGGGCAUUGGAGAAACUCAUUAAUUUGUAUACGCCUACGCCGGAAUUAGAAUAUUCUUCCAUUAAUCGAGUUUGGUCGAAAUUCCAAAACAUGUUUAGCACCAUAUCCGAUGUGUUGCUCUAUAUACCGGCCUUUCGAACAUAUCAUUGGCAAAUGAUGGAAGAAAUGUACAACGAUAAUAUUAUGUACGCAGAAGUUCGCAUGAAUUUCUAUGAGUUAUAUGAUAUAAGUGGUCGCAUCUUCCCGGCCGAACGUUGCAUUACCGAACUCAUCGAUGUCAUUAGAAAAUUUAAACUCCAGCAUCCUGACUUUUUGGGCAUUAAGAUUAUUGUCUCACCUCAUCGCAAUGCCGAGCCGGAUGUAAUGCGUAAACGUUAUGAAACAUUUAAAAAGUACAAUUCCAUGUAUCCCAAAGAAUUGGUUGGCUUCGAUUUGGUGGGUCAAGAAGAUAAAGGAAAGCCUUUGCAUAAUUUCGUGAAUGUUUUGCAUGAUCUACCGAAAAGUGCCAAAUUCUUUUUCCAUGCUGGGGAAACAAAUUGGUUUGGUGCCUCAACGGAUUAUAAUCUGCUGGAUGCUGUACUCUUAAACACAACACGUAUUGGCCACGGUUAUGCAUUGAUGAAACAUCCGGUCUUGUGGAAUGCUGUUAAAUCCCGUGAUAUUGCCGUGGAAGUUAGUCCCAUAUCAAACCAAGUAUUGAGCUUGGUUUGGGAUCUGCGAAACCAUCCAGGCUCUUUAUUCCUGGCCCAAAAUAUACCCAUGGUUAUAUGUAAUGAUGAUCCUGGAUUUUGGGAUGCCAAAGGAUUAAGUUAUGACUUCUAUUAUGCCAUUAUGAGUUUGGCACCCAACAAUGCUGGCCUAAAGACGCUAAAGCAAUUGGUUUGGAACUCGGUGAAAUAUUCAACAUUUGAUGCAAGCGAAAGGCAAAGGGCCUAUGCUCUGCUGCAACAGAAAUGGGAUCAUUUUAUUGAUAAUGUCAUUAGUGGUCUAGUAGUAUAGGGAGAAAAAGCAAAAAUGACUAUGAAAAGAAUUUAGGUAUUAUGUUUUAUAAUAUAAUUUAAUUUAAAAUAAAUAAAAAUAAUUAAUAAUUUA